CACCGGUGUACACAGCGAAAGCAGCAUGUCGCCCCGUGCGAGUUGUUGACGAAUCGCGAUUUGACUCGGUGAGAACAAUCAAUGGCACGCCAAAACACUUACUUGCUGCCAACAACAGUAGAGAAACAAGACUCCAUUGUGGCUCUUUUCCUGUAACAAUGAUAUGAUGGCGCCAAAAUGGCGAAAAUGUUAACCAGUUGCACAUGACAGCCCUGUUGGUGUUACUAUUUAGGGUAUCCAAUCGCAUCACAGCUUACAUAGGGCGCGUUCGUAAAUUCACUCCGAUUUCAGAGAACUCUCGUCUGAGUGUGCAUAAUAACGGAUGGAUUAACGAAUGUCCAGUGCCAGUAAACGUAGGGGGAAAAGGCGUAAUUAAAUUGUUGCCCGCAUCUCAGUUAGUCACUAACAGUAUGGAUAACAUGAAAACAGCUUAACCAGCUCUGCUAGGCCGAGUAAAAUGGUCAGAGGUGUUCUCUCAAUUUUUGUCUGGAAGAAGCUAGCCAACGUUAGCUUGGGUUCUUGACUGCCGUUAAGGUCAGAAUGCUUGGAACAACCCUACUCCUCGGCCAGAGCGUCCAGUGUGCGCUCCGAGAGCGUAACGCUCUGAAUUUACGAACGCCCAGAGCGCACUCGGUCACUCCAGAGUCAAUUUACGAACGCACCCAUAAGCUCUCUGGCAAACACAGUAGUUUACCAGCAAAACUGCUGUCGUUCAUAUAAACACUGUUGCAAGGUAGCAGUUUAUUUAGCUUCUCUUUUGACCUAGUUUUUUUUUUUAUAAACAUUUUCGUGUCAGCCUUUGCAGCUCGAGACGACCCACACGUGAUCGGCCAGCAUAACUAGACGCUUGUUAGUUACAGUAUUUGAAUUUGACGAGGCUAUUUUGAAGUUGGACAGCUAACUAUAUUCGCUGGUUCGAAAUUUCGAAUAGAUCUCAGAUGAAUGUUUUCAAUAUAUGGUUAUCACAAGCGUACCUCAUUUUGAUAUUUAAGGCAGACUGUAUGAAGUUAAUUUGUUAACCGGUUAGACGUUAGUUUUUCUUGCCAGCUUGAGCUGCUGUACAUUUUCUGUUCGGCUAAUAAAUUACAACGUCAAUUGUUUUAGAGAGCCAUCUGCGGAUUGUCAUUUUUACUUUUUCAAGAACAAGGCUUUCUGCCUGAAAUAUUUGUGUUAGAGAUUCCACAAACAUUGUAGUUAGCUAGCAUUUAGCUUGCUUGCACCCGUAACAGCGAUUGUAACCACGAGCCAGCAUCGGCCAAGCGAAUUUGACAAAGUAUUUAGUCAAUAAUUAAGUUAUCAAGAGCAGUAUCACACACCGAUAACUGACUUCUGUUGUCGAGAAUUUGCAUCCAUCUUUGCUUAUUUUCAUUACCGAAAGUGAAGUACCCUGACUAGCCACAGUCAGAAGCAGUUGAGUAGCUAGCUAUCCAAAUUCUGAAUCUGAUUGUCAUUUUAUCAGUGUUAUUGUUGAAAAUGGCGGCGAUCGAAAUGGUGCAGAUGUUGAUCGAAGCAGCAGAAUACAUUGAUCGCAGAGAAAGAGCUGAACAUGGCUAUGCCUCCAUGUUACCUUUCACCAGCAGCAAAGAGAAGGACAGCUUGAAACGGAAAAAUAAAAGCAAGAAGAACUCCAGUAGCAGAUCCAUACACAACGAGAUGGAGAAGAACAGAAGAGCACACCUACGGCUGUGUUUAGAGCGAUUGAAAUCCCUCGUUCCAUUGGGACCAGACUCCAACAGGCAUACCACCCUCAGCCUGUUGAUGAGAGCCAAGAAACAUAUCGGGAGGUUGGAGGAGAGCGAGCGGAGAGCCCAGCAUACCUUAGACCAGCUGCAGAGAGAGCAGAGGCACCUCCAACGACGUCUGGAGCAGCUAGGGGUGGAGAGAACACGUAUGGACAGCACAGGAUCCACCGUCUCCUCCGACAAUCCAGAUGCAGACCAGGAGGAGCUGGAUGUGGACGUGGAGGGGACUGACUACCUGCUGGGGGAUCUGGAGUGGAGCACCAGCAGUGUGAGUGACUCUGACGAGAGGGGAAGCCUGCGUAGCAGCUGCAGUGAUGAGGGCUACUCAAGCGCCAGCCUGCGCCUGCAGAACCAGAAAACUCAGGAGAACGCCAAGCAUUUGGGCUGUAGCCUAUAAGAGCACAGCCCUCAACCUCUGGCCCAUGUGCAACGGCGUCCCUCUAUCGUCAAGUUAACUCGCGCCCACAAACCAGUCUCUGCCAAUCAGACCUCACUCCCAGCAGGACUGGCCUUCUGACAAAGCCCUCUCCUCCAGCUGUAUUCCACCUCUCUUUCCCCCUCAGACCUCCAACACCUGAGACACCCAUCAUCCCAUUUCAACCGUCCAUCGGCCAACCAAAAUGAAAGAUCAGUCUCUGGUACUGCCCAUUCAGAGCCUCUGGCUCAAUAAGAUGAGUAGGAUUUGGAAGACACUCCUCCGUCCAUCCCUUUCUGUGUCCACCACCUUUGUCCCUUCUUGCUCUGCUGUCAGUUUCAGUGUAAGAGCAGAGAGGUGACUUGACUGUUUUCACGUAUCCAUGCUGUUUCCCCCUUCCAGCUCCCAGCGUCUGAGAACAAAAGACUUCAGCUAGAGAAUGUUAUUACAACACUACACCUACACCUCACUGCCCCCCCUCCCUUCGACCCCCAGCUCUAGCUUCCAUCUCGCCCAUAUCUCCAAUAAGACUGGCCCCCAUAUCGUCAAUAAGACUGGUGGUACAAACAAUCGGCGCAUGGAUGGUAUUUAGCACUUAGAGACAGUAUAGGAAGGGAUUGUCUGGGUCAAAGAGCUGUGGUCAUUGUAAUCAAUAUACUGUAUGUCUCCUUAAAAGACAUUGCAGCUAUUGUAGUAAUGUUAUCAGGUGUAGUCUAUUAGAAAGUAUUUAUGGUAAAUAAUUGUCUACCUGCACUGUCUACAUGUAAAGUCCUCACUGGGAGUUCUACAACACUAAGCACGGGUGUGAUUUGAUGUCAUCCAUGUUCCACAACCACUUCAUUAUUGCGAUCGGCAGCAAUACAUCCAUCCCUCUCUCCUCUACCUGGCUUAGCGGUUGGAUAGAUACCUCCAUGUUUUUGGCUCUUAUAAUGGGGGGCUAUUACAUGACGGUGAGAUUGUUAUGGGGUAUCUUUUAUCUUCCUCUCUCUGAUGACGGUGAGAUUGUUAUGGGGGUAUCUUAUCUUCCUCUCUCUGAUGACGGUGAGAUUGUUAUGGGGGUAUCUUUUAUCUUCCUCUCUCUGAUGACGGUGAGAUUGUUAUGGGGGUAUCUUUUAUCUUCCUCUCUCUGAUGACGGUGAGAUUGUUAUGGGGUAUCUUUUAUCUUCCUCUCUCUGAUGACGGUGAGAUUGUUAUGGGGUAUCUUUUAUCUUCCUCUCUCUGAUGACGGUGAGAUUGUUAUGGGGGUAUCUUUUAUCUUCCUCUCGCUGAUGGCGGUGGCGUCUAACUCAUCUUUUAAUGUGAUGGUCUGUGUUGCUGCUAGUCAUGUCCUGUAGCCAGUGGUAGUCACUUGAAUAUGUGUUGAAGUUAUACAGACAGACAGUAAGUUACCGGUAAUUGUUGAAAGUAGACCAGUGGAGGGAUUAAAGCACAUUCCAUGUUCGAGAGAAAGUAGGCCAGAUGGAGCAUUACCUUCAUCCAUAUUUAUGAGGGAGUGUUUUCAGUUUUUAAAGCCAGGAAGGUUCUAGCUAUCUGCUUCAGGUUACCCACAAGCAGAACACAACAGAUGUGCUGACUUGCUUUGCCUUUGGGUCAGAGCACAGUACAAGCAAGAUCAAUGUCUUGUGAGUUUGUUCACCUCUGGAAAGAAAAGAGCAGAAAGGCUACUGUACACUAAAGAUACUCUCCUCUGCCUUGUCUAUAUACUUAGAUAUUGUUUAUGCAAAAUGUUAUGUUUAUGUAAAUAGUUUACACAGAAAUAUCUGUUUAUCAAAAAAAAGGUAUUUAUAUUAGAUGUAAAUAUAUAGAUAUAUCUAUUUAAUUGCUUGUCGCUUUACUAGUUUUUGUUGUGAGGGUUUCAAUGUAUAGUUGGUUUGCACAGCAUAGUCGAUCCAGAGCUUUUUAGAUCUGUAAUUUGUGCCUAUAGGCUUUUGUGUCCUUUCAAAAUUGGCACGGUGCGCCUAGAAUUGAAAUUGUUUUAUUUGUGGUUGAUUAUAUUUAUCUAUUUCAAAUCUAUCCUCUUUGUCAACAGGUAAAUAAUGCAAAAAAAUAUAUAUUAAUAUAAAAAUGUAUUACAUUGAAAAGAGGAGCUGGCGUGUGUGUUUGUGCUUUGGCAUUGCUGGGAUGGUGGGAAGCUACAGUGGGCUUUCUCCCUUUGUGCCUGGGGGCCUUAAACAAAAUGGCUUCUCCACCCAAGAGAUUAUAACACAUUGUAGAAAGAGGAGGAAUUGGUGGGUUCAAUAACCAGGGGAUAAGAUGGGGAGGUUUGCAGCAGCAUUUGAAUGUAGUCGACUAGCCUAUAAUACAUCUCCCCCUGCACUGUUGCAGCACAAUGCCAAAGGAACCUCAAACUGUGUCACUGCAGAAUCUCGUUAGAGCGGGAAGACGGUUGGUACACACCAAAAAAAUCCUUAAAAAAUAGGAGUAUGAUUGUUUCAUCUGUUUGUGUGGAAUGCUGCACUUCUAUGUCAUUUUAAAACCCUAUCCAAACAGAGAACCAUGUAGCCAUGCUAGAAGGGGAAUGUUGUGAAUUGAGUACACGACUCAGACUGGUGCUAUGGGGCAGGUGUAUGUAUGUCUUGUCACUGUCUUCAGAGAGAAAAUAUAAUGGUUUGGGAGAGGGAGGGUUGUUUUUAAUGGGAAACACUGUCGCAUUUGUAUGGAUGUUUUUAUUGGUUUACUAUUAAAAAGGUGAAAAACAGUAUCGCUUUUCAAAGAAAACCUAAUGUAUUAUUAAAGCUAAGCAUUGUCUGUUAUUGGGGAGCCACACACUCCUCUCCUUCCCUCUCUCCCUGUCCAUGGCCUGUUUUAUACGUCUUCCACGCCUACCUGUGUAUGAAUGUGUCUUCCAUAGAGAAGAGAUCCUGAUUCAUUUCUAUGGUGGUUCCCCUCCGUCCUCCACAUGCUGUGGGCCAGCCACCAUGGUGCAGAGGGAGCCUGAGGGAGCAGACUGGGCUGUGUAGUAUAGCUGCAGCUGUCCUCCCUCCCUGUAUAACACUCUGUUAACACCCUCGGUGCUUCAGCCUCUGCCUUAAGAGCAGGUGUAGAUUCUUAAAAAAGAACAAGAGAUCAAUGCAGUUGGCUUCCGUGUAGUCCAGUGUAAGUUAUAUAGGAUAUCAUCCUGGAAAUUCUCUUUUUUUGUUUUGUUGUGUAUAUUUGGGUUACAUUCGUAUGAAGUGGCUUAAGCCUUAAAACAGACAAAUGUAAGAGAACCAUAGUAAAGUAUAUAUUAUACACGUUCAUAUAUAAUAUAGGUGUAGACAUGUUAUCACAAAAGGUCAUUAUUUUCAUUGUAACUGUGUCUCAGGAGUUGCUCUCCCUCUUACACACACACACAGACAUACACACGUUGUCAUACACACAUCAGAACAGACUCUGCCUUUUGAAGGAAGGGUUUAUGUCAAACUAUAAAAAGGUGGUCCUUUUCUGCACACAUUUUUUAGAAUUGGGGAUUUUAAACAUUGUGAAAACAAUCUUUGGGAAGUGUGGUGCAGUCAUUUCUAUUUGCCAGUGAUAUAAAAGGAAUAAAACCAUUUGAAAGCCUUGUUUACCUA